AUGUAUUUUAUACCUCAAAUAAAUACUGAUGGAGUAAAUGUUGAUGGAUUUAUGUCCGAACGCCAAGUUCCUCAAUUUUCAACUCAAGUUGGUAUUGAAAAUACUACCGUUGAAAAAGAUCAAAGGUGUUCCGUUAAAAGAAAAACUCGAGAGGUAUUCACAAGGGAAGAGAAUAUACUUCUUAUGCAAUCAUGGCUCAAUGUUUCAAAGGAUCCUAUUGUGGGAGUUGAUCAAAAAGCUGAAGGUUUUUGGUUAAGAAUCACCGAUAACUAUAACCAAUAUUGUGGGCAGUUGCGAGAAAAGCUACAAGGCCAAUUAAAAUACCGAUGGCAUCGAAUAAAUGGCCUUGUUCAAAAAUUUGUUGGGUGUUACAAACAAGCUGUUCAUGGUAAAAAAAGUGGUCAAUCAGAAAAAGAUAUUUUGGCUAAUGCACAUGCUUUUUUUCUUCAAGAUGAAGGAAUAGCAUUUAAUCUAGAGUAUGCAUGGCGAUUGUUAAAAGAUGAACCUAAAUGGAUGAGAGCAUCAACUGAAAAUUCUUCAAAAAGAACAAAGAAUUCUGUUAGUGGGGCACACUCAUCAAGUUAUGAAUAUAACUCAUCAUCACCAAUGGAGCGUCCAAUGGGGCAACAAGUGGAAAAAAGGAAGAGUAAGGCAAAGGAAAAGGCAAAUGCAUCUGAAUCUCCUUCUAAUGUUGUGCAAGAUACAUGGAAUAAAAUACUAGCAACAAUGGAAAGACUAGCUCAAUGUAAGGAGGACGAGAUGGAGUUUAAGGCAAUGCAAUUACUCUCGAAAGACACUUCUACGAUGAAUGAUAGUCAACGAGAUAUUCAUGAAAAAUAUUACAGUUCAGAUAAGCUCUUUUGGAACUUGAUUGAAGAAGAAUUUAUGGACAACACUGAUGAAGAACUACUAAAGUCAAUGCUCGAGAAGGAACAUCAAUCUGGAAGUUCCUCUAGACCAAAGAAAAGAAUGGUAAUUGAUCGAAGUCGUGAAGAAAGGCACAAUCCCGCCCUUGGAGCUCAUGAUGAAUAUUUUCAAAUGAGGGUCGAUGCAACUGGUAAAAUGGGUCUUUCACCAUUGCAAAAAUGCACAUCUGCUAUUCGUAUGUUGGCAUAUGGGUCUCCCGCUGACUGUGUAGACAAAUAUGUUCGAAUCGGUGAAAGCACUUCAGUUGAGUGCUUAGAAAGAUUCGUUCGGGGUGUAAAUGUUGUAUUUGGGGCAGAGUAUUUGAGAAAGCCUAACAACACAGAUGUUGAACAUCUUUUACAAAUGGGAGAGUUACGUCGCUUUCCAGGUUCAAAAAAUGACAUUAAUGUGAUAAACCAAUCCAAUGUGUUUAACGAUAUUUUGGAAGGACAUGCUCCUACUAUGAACUAUACAAUCAAUAGAACAUCAUAUAAUAUGGGGUAUUAUUUAGCGGAUGAUAUAUAUCCUGAGUGGGCUACAUUUGUCAAGAACAUCAUAUAA